CGGCUCCCGGCCACCUGUAUAAGAAAAGCGUGCUGGGGUUUGAAAACAAGUAUGGCGGCGGCCGAGGUUUUCCGAGUUUUUGGGCACUCGAGGGAGAGGUGGCUCGUCGGUACCCCAGGGUGCUGAGCGCUCGUUGCCUGCGUCUUCUCGGCGCGGCCGCGGGGCCAUGCUGGCUUCGCGCGUGGCGCGCGGCUCGUGGGGGGCCCUGCGCGGCGCCGCAUGGGCGCUGGGGGCGCGGCCGGGCAAGGGGAGCGCCCUCCGGAGCCUGUUGCCGUCGGCACGCGGCUGCCUGGGCUGCCUGGCGGAGCGCUUGUGGCUGCGCCCGGCCGCGCUCGGCCUGCGGCUGCCUGGGGCAUUCCCGCGGGGCCACUGCUCAGGCGCGGAGAAGGCGGCCCCCGGGCCCACGGUCGGAGGGGGCGCCGCCGCGGGGUCCCGGGGCGGCCGGUGGAGUCCGACGAGCGCCGCUAACCUGUAUGAAAACCCAUGGACAAUCCCAAAUAUGUUGUCAAUGACGAGAAUUGGCUUGGCCCCAGUUUUGGGCUAUUUGAUUAUUGAAGAAGAUUUUAAUGUUGCAUUAGGAGUUUUUGCUUUAGCUGGGCUAACUGAUUUGUUGGAUGGAUUUAUUGCUCGAAACUGGGCCAGUCAAAAAUCAGCUUUGGGAAGUGCUCUUGAUCCACUUGCUGAUAAAAUACUUAUCAGUAUCUUAUAUGUUAGCUUGACCUAUGCAGAUCUUAUUCCAGUUCCACUUACUUAUUUGAUAAUUUCAAGAGAUGUGAUGUUGAUUGCUGCUGUUUUUUAUGUCAGAUAUCGAACUCUUCCAACACCGAGAACACUUUCGAAGUAUUUCAAUCCUUGCUAUGCCACUGCUAGGUUAAAACCAACUUUCAUCAGCAAGGUAAACACAGCAGUCCAGUUAAUCUUGGUGGCAGCUUCUUUGGCAGCUCCGGUUUUCAAUUAUGCUGACAGCAUUUAUCUUCAAAUACUGUGGUGUUUCACAGCUUUCACCACAGCUGCAUCAGCGUACAGUUACUAUCAUUAUGGUCGGAAAACUGUGCAGGUGAUAAAAGGCAGAUGAAGGUCAUCCAUCAUCAUUAGCAAGGAAACAGCAUACAACCCCGGCAUCAGGGCCAGUGGUAAUCUACAGGAGUCCCCCUAUAUUGGUGUUCAGCUUGAAAAAGGACUUGUCAGAACAAACCAUGUCAUCAAAAUUUAGGUAAUGUGCAUUGAAAAUAAGUUUGAUCAUGAGCAUAUGCAGAAUUUUCAAUGUAUUUUUAAAUGCAAAUAAAACUAUCACAAAAUUG